UUCACUUUCAUUGCGUAUUUAAUGGUAAACACAAGAGGGGCAUAUUACAAUAUUAUUUUAUUGGUGUAUUAAUGAUACUUACAGAAUGUAAUCGACAAUAACAGUAUCUAUUUAAGAUCAUUUCUUGUUGAGGACGAGCUGAGUUGUGAAGUUAACAACAAUGUUUGGACAUGUUAUUGCAAGGAAUAAUGGAAAGAUUUGUCCUUGUUUACUGUACACAGUGAGAUGCAUGUCAAAGACACAUUACCAGCUGCUUGGUGUGGAUCAAAAAGCAUCACAAGAGGAAAUCAAGACAGCUUAUAGAGAAAUGUCUAAGAAGCUGCACCCAGAUUUGAAUCCACAUGAUCCAAAAACACACGACAAAUUUAUACGACUAAAAGAAGCUUAUACAACUAUCAGUACACCUGCUAAGAAAAAGACUUAUGACAAAUAUUUAGCUGGUGUACAGAGGGUUAUAAAGAUGAAAAUAAAAGAGAAUGAUUCUGAGAAAGUAAAUCAUGGUGGAGGUAUGAGGUAUACACAUGGUGCACCUUCUCCAAUGGAUAUACGUCGGUUCCGAUCACCAUCACAGAAAUAUCAACCAAAGAACUAUUCACAAAGUUUUCUUAUGUCAGAAGAUUUUUCUUAUCAACGAUUGCUUGGUCUUAUGCUGUUGUUUGGGUUCAGUCUUAAUUUUGUAAUAGGGGUAUAUAAUAAAACGCAGGAAAUAGAAGUAAAAAGGGGAAAUAAAUCUACCACAAAUGAAAGUAAAGGGAAAAGCUGACAGUGAUUUAAAAUUAGGUAUUUUAAACAUAAUUGUGACUGUGAUUAGAAAAAAAUAUCAGCAGGGAAUUUCUGGUAGAUGAAUCCAGAAGUUUUGAGCGUUAAAGAAAUAACAUGUCUGUAAUUAGAUUUUGUUGUAAAUAAUACAGAUAUUGUGUUGAUAGAAACACAUUUUCUUAGAAGAAUAAAGUGUAAAGCUAUGAAAUUUUGGAAUAUGACAGUUACAUUAAACAAUGGGAAUAAUUAUGUACAUGUAUUAUAGAUUGAUGUGAUGUGUAAAUUAAAAUAAAACAAUGCGAGUGUCAAAUGUCCAAGGUUGGCUACCAUAACUAAAACAGGAACUUCUAAUUUGUUACUUAUAUAUAAUUGUAAAAUUUGAAAGGUAAACUAAUGAAUUGCUCUGUAAUAUUCUGUUGAUAGUAUUGAUACUUUUUUUUGAAGUUCUAUGAACUGAAAACAAAUGGAUACUAUUUCUACAAUGAAGGGAGGGGUUGUGUAAGCUUGUAUAAAAAAUUAAAGGUAAUUAGUUAUCAAAGUGUGUUAAUACACAUGCCAUUCAUACCAUGUAUCUGGACACCUUAUCACCUCAGAGAUCUGUAUGUUUAGACAGGCACAUAAACAUGUGGCCUGAAAAAAAAAAGAUUUAUAAAGCAAAAUUAAUAGUUAGGAUACAAAUUACAAAAUGAAAGCCAAACAUUAAUGGGCCAUGAGCAUGAGCGAACAAGCACUUCUCUUUUAAGUGAAUAUGUCUCACCAUUUCUCCUUAUCAAAUAAAAAGAGUAGUCAGUUCUUUUUAUCAAAUUUCCCUAGAUUCUGAAGUAGUGUAAAAUCUAUUGUCAAUAGUUAUUGUCUCGCCUGCGACAAAAGAUGCAGAAAGCAAGACAUAGGUUUUGCUUUUCAGACGGCAACGAGAGAGGAUGCGUCAACAAUUGUUGAUUUUUCUGCUUAAUUCAGUUUGAUAGGAACUACUUGUGAUAGAUCAAUGAUAUUUUCUAUAAAGUUCCAUUACUAUCAGUACAAAUCAGUUUGACGACUAUUUCGAGGCCCUGCUCCCUAGGUCAUGUUCCAGUGACUUGGAAUUAAUAAGCAAUUUUCAAUAUUAACCUUUCUGUUUAAGCCAGUUUGAUAGGAAGUACUUGUGAUAGAUCAAUGAUAUUGCAUUACUGUCAGUUCAAAUCAGUUUGAUGACUAUUUCAAGGGCCUGCUCACUAGGUCAUGGUCCAGCUACUUUUAGUUGCAGUCCAUCAGAUUGUCUUUUUUCGAAUUUUCUGCAGACAGGCAAGACAUAUCUCUGUGUCAACAAUUUUUUCUUAAUUUGAUCAAUAUAGUCCUCUGUCAUGUGUAAUUUUUUUAACAAUAGCCAUAAUAGGGUGGAAACUAUUCACAAAA